AGCGAACGGAAGUCAUUUCCAAUUGGAAGUCAAUCGACUCAAGUCACAAUUUUCCAAAAAUUUUAGUUUUCACAAAACAAGAAAUAUUUCUUAAUAGAAAAAUUUACGAAAAUUAAAAAGACGGAAAAAGUAUUUCAGUGCCUAAGUUUCGCUAAAAAUUCACAAGAAAAAAAACGAGUCAUUGAGAUUAAAGCGAAUUAGCAUUUUUCAAUAAAAUGGUGGUGUAGAAAAUUUAAAAAAGAGAAAACUAAUCGCGACAUAGAUUCGAGAUAAUAUUUGAAGUGUAAACAAAUAAUAUUAUUCUACUGUAACUAUAAUAAUAAUUAUAAUAAUAUAGAAUACAGAGUAUAAUAAUAUAGAAUAAUAAUUAUAUUAGUGAAAAUUUGAAAAAGAAAUAUCUGGAAAGAAAUUUCUGGUUACCUUCAAGGAUUUUUAACUCGUAAAUUCAGAAGAGAAAUAACUUGAAAAAAAUGGAGAAAGUCUACUCGAUGGAUGAGGUUGCCAAUCACAAUGACGAAAAAGAUUUGUGGAUGGUGAUGAACGGCAAUGUCUACGAUUUAACAAAAUUCCUAAAGGAACACCCAGGUGGUGAGGAAGUUCUCAUCAAUUUAGCCGGUCAAGAUGGCUCUCAAUGUUUCGACGACAUUGGUCAUUCCUUCGAGGCAAUAACACUCCGUGAGUCAUUUAAAAUUGGCCAAACUGACAAUAAGCCUGCGGAGAAAAUAGAAACAAACAAAUUAACAUCAACAGACUCAUCAAAUAAUAACGACAACGCCGACGACGACGAUUGGCAAUACGAGGAACCAAAAAAAGAAUCCUCAAAUUUUCUACCAAUUAUUUUUACUCUCGGCUUUUUAAUUUACGCCGUAAUAUUCUAUCGUCUCUAUUAUUAACAAUAAUAAUAAUCGCUCAGUAAUUCUUUUUCUAAUUAGUAUAUACUGUUUUACUGAAAAAAAUUAAAUUCUUUAAUACAGAAGAAAAAAUUACACCUUUUGAAAAAAGAAACGUAAAUUAAUUUUUUCUAAUGUAAAUGUAAAAAAAAUAAAUAUAAUUUAAUUGUAAUGUAAAUUUAAUUCUAACUUAAAUUAAUUACUUCUGAAGUAAAUUAACUGUUUCUAAUCUAAAUUAAUCAUUUCUACGAAAUUGAAAAAAAAUUUUUUCUGCAAUAUUUAAAUUGAAUUGACAAAUAUUCCAAUAUAAUGGGUUUUUUUACUCCUUUAGGAGAGAUAAAAAAAUUAUUAAAUACCAAUUAGGUUUUUUAUCAUUCAGCUAUAAUGAUAAUGACAGAAUAUUUUUGUACACUCGGUGAGGUAUUUUAUACAAUUAAAGAUAGAUUAGUUAAGGAAAUAUUUCUACGCACGAAAAUUGUGAUUACCUCAUAAUUAUUUAUAUAGUUAUAAUUUUGAAAACUCUAAAUAAAAUUUCUUUACAUUCAGAAAAA